CGAGUCACCACCUCUCUCACAGCUCCACGUCCACUCAUCACAUCCACGCACGCACAUGGUCCAGCUCCCUUCACUAAGAACAGAAAGAAAUCAACGAUGAGACUCGGCUGAAACUCUAGGCUUGAGGUGAACAGACUCUUGUGUGGUUGAUGGUCCGACGUCAGAUUCUUGAUUUUUGCAGUACCCCUGCCUCUUGAGUUGAGUUCAUCAUGGGGGACGCCGACUCCACCAGUUCCAUGCGUCUAAAGCAAGAGAUCUCACUACUGCACGGUGUCUGCCUCAUUGUGGGGAACAUGAUUGGCUCGGGCAUCUUUGUUUCACCCAUUGGUGUUCUUGAGAAAACAGGAUCUUACGGUCUAUCUCUGGUGGUUUGGGUUAUUGGAGGAAUCUUCUCUGUUUUUGGUGCCCUGUGCUACGCUGAGCUGGGCACAACCAUUCGCAAGUCAGGAGCUAGUUAUGCCUACAUCCUGGAAACCUUUGGGGGCUUCGUUGCAUUCAUCCGUCUGUGGACCUCGCUGAUGAUCGUGGAACCAGCCUGCCAGGCAGUCAUUGCUCUUACUUUUGCUAAUUACCUAGUGAAACCGUUCUUCCCCACCUGCCCGGCACCAAAUGCUGCAGUACGGCUCAUUGCAGCUCUCAUUAUAGGUCUUCUCACCUUUGUGAACUGCAUGAAGGUGAAAUGGGGGGCCAUUCUUCAGGUCAUCUCCACUGUGGCUAAAGUCCUGGCUCUCAUUGUCAUUAUCAUUGCUGGAAUGGUUGUGCUGGCCCAAGGAAAAACAAACAACUUUAGGGAUUCCUUUGAGAACUCUAAACUGGAUCCAGGAAACAUGGCCCUGGCUCUGUACGCCGCUCUGUACUCGUACUCAGGCUGGGACACCCUGAACUUCAUCACAGAGGAGAUUAAAAACCCAGAGAGAAACCUGCCAUUGUCUAUAGCGAUCUCCAUGCCUAUUGUCACAAUAAUCUACAUCCUGACUAACAUCGCCUAUUAUGCAGUGCUGGACAUGAAUACACUGCUACAGAGUGAAGCUGUGGCUGUGACGUUUGCUGACUAUGUGCUGGGAUAUGCUAGCUGGCUCAUCCCGUUGUCUGUGGCCAUCUCCUGUUACGGAGGUUUAAACUCCUCUAUCAUUGCCGCCUCCAGGCUGUUCUUUGUGGGUUCGCGUGAGGGCCAUUUACCCAACAUCCUCUGUAUGAUCCACGUCAAAUGCUACACACCAAUCCCAGCCCUGCUGUUUAAUGGUGGCAUGUCACUCAUAUAUCUCUGUGUGAAAGAUGUGUUCCAGCUAAUUAAUUACUUUAGUUUUAAUUACUGGCUGUUCAUCGGCCUUUCUAUAGGCAGUCAGAUCUACCUGCGCAUCAAGGCACCUGACCUGCCCCGUCCAGUUAAGUUGAGUCUGUUCUUCCCUAUAGUGUACUGCCUGUGCAGCGUGUUUCUGGUGGUCGUACCGCUGUACAGUGACACUGUAAACUCUCUGGUGGGAAUCAUCGUCGCUCUCUCCGGGGCUCCUGUGUAUUACAUAUGUGUGCACCUCCCGCCCAGCUCCCGACCCGCCUUUCUGGGACACAUGCUCGAUGCAGUUUCAUUGCAGACACAGAAGCUGUGUUAUUGCUGUGUGGCAGAACCCAGUUUGGACCUGGACAAUCCGCCCGAGGAUCACAAAAAAGAAUAAACAUCGGCUCUAAAGGAAGCUAAACCAAAGAAGCCGGAUUACCCAGACGUCUUUGAGAAGAAUCCAAAACUCAAGCCAGAACCGCACAUCUGCACCUUCCAGUCUUGAGCGUGCAGGGAAUUAAGCACACAAGUACACACACCCUGUGCCUCUGAUCCCUCAGACCUCUGACUGUGUUCAGUCCAGUGGACACAAGAAUGUGACGGUGAUACUGUGUUUUUAACAUUAGGUUUACCUCCUUGUUUUAUUCAUAAAUGUUUAUUAUAUUUGUCCUUUUGUGAGCUUCUGCUGUUCAUCACAUGUGACAUAUGUCUUCUAUGACACUCUACUGGAGAUGAUCAACUUUUGUUAGGCCUGUUAACUGAAACAUGGCAACUUUAGGGAUGUUCAAGAUGCAUCUUUGCUGGAUAAUGAAUUUUGUUUACUGAGAUGAAGGACUGUUUCAUAAGUUCUCCAGACUUGAAAGCCAUACCUUUUUUUUUUAUUUUUUUUAUUUUUUUAUUAAAGUUAUAACUCCGGUUGAGAAAAUUACUUUUUUACUAAAGUUAUUCUGUGGGCCUUAAUUCAGCUUUGUAUAAAGAUUUCUUCCUGUUAUCGAGUGUGUCCUAAUAGUCCAAAGCACAGUAUGUGUUUUGUCAUGUUGUCCAGACCAGAAAAGUGUGGAUCUGUUGUUUUUAGAUUUAGCUUUUAUUUUUAGUGAAUAGCAUCUUUCCAUUUUGUUCGUAUCAUUGAAAUUACUUUUUAUUCUGGAUAAUUUCCUUGGCCACAAAAAGCAUGAUGGUACAGUUUGCAAUUGCAUAAAUGGUUUAGAAAGCAGUUUUUGGGAGCACUGCCACUAUGUAUAGAAAUGUGUUUACCGGACAGUUACCAUACAAAACGGCAGAAUUUGAGUUUACGAUAGAGGAAUCUGUGUCUUGACGUGUUCACCAGUUUUGGUCAAUCUCAACUUCAGAUGUUUCUAAAUCAUUUUAUUUUGUAUGAUUGUUUACGCACAGACAUCACUUUAAAAACUGAUGGUCAGAUGUGACAUUUUCCAGGAUUUCUAAUGAGUCAAUCAGUUCCUCAUCAGAUGGACUCAUUAGAAUAAUAGGCCAAAGAAUUGGUUAAAGGAAUACCAGCAAAUAUGCAAAGAUAGUAAAACUUUAAUAUAUCUUGAAAAAAGCUGCUAAAUUACAGUACAUCUUGCUGUUGCCCUUGUAUUCUGUACUUCAGCUCUUGAUUCCAGACACAGUUCAUCCCUCUGUCCAAUACAGUAACCAAAGUCAUAUUUUAAUCCAUCCAGAAUAUGUCCUGC